GCCCUGAAGUGACACCGUGCUCAAGGGGAGGAUGGGAGGAGACGGCGGCGUGGGCUGGCCGGUGUUCGGUUUCACCAGCUCACACGUGACCGCAAUGGCUGCUUGUCUGUUCCUUGCGGUGCAUCAUUCCUCUACCGCCCAGCGAAUGUAGGCUACAGUAGUUUGCUCGCUUCGCUGAACUGUCAGUGCGGCCACUUACCACCCACCGAAGCGAAAUUCCUCUACAGGUUCAGCCGAGCAGCUUACCGGCUGAGAAGAACCGCAUUCGGGAGAGAAAUUAAACCGUCUUGAGGUUCAACGUCCACCAACCAACACAGCAGUAGGAGGAGUCAACAGUGUUUCUCUCUGGUGUGGUGCUGUUCCUCUGACUGUCUGAAGAGAUUUAAGACGGAGAAAUCCAGCAGCAGGUCACUGUGUUGGACUGACUCGUCUGGACAGGUUUGACCCGAGAGCAGUUUGUCACCUCCGGAGCACUGCAUCUCAUUUCCUUUUGCGUCACAUCGUCCUAGUCCGUCCUGCUGAAACCGGGUGGAUUGGAGUGAGAUCAGAGUAACAAUAACCCCGUCAAACAGUGCUGGGAUUUACUGCCUCAACACACUUUUAUUACCAGAGAACUUUGGGAUUGUAUCCAGAAAGUUACAUAACUCCAAAACAAAGAGCGCUACACCUGUGAGCUGUACACUUUGAUCGAAUGCCGUCAUAACCACUCACAAGCACCCUGGAUCACCAGCCAUUAACCUGUUUCUGUCUCACAGCCACGAAAGCAAGCGGCCGCACGGACAAUCACAGACAAAGCUCUCCUAGUUGGAUUACCAAAAGUAGCUCAUGAUGGGAAAGUAGACAUCCGGCAACACGGAUAGCCUGCACAGAAGUCUGGGACUCAGUGUUGUUUCUGAGCGUGCCAUGUCUGGAAACGGCAACCCCUGCCCCAGCCCCGGAGGUCUGGGCACCCAUUUAGGGGGCUUCCCUAUGCCGCACUACCCUUACUUCUUUCCUCAUAUGCUAGGAGGGCUCUCCCCUCCAGCGCUUCCAGGACUUCCUGUCAGUGGAUACAGCACUCCAUCUCCUGCAACUGUUGAGACCCAGAGCACAAGCUCAGAGGAGAUUGUACCCAGCCCACCGUCUCCACCUCCACCACCACGGGUCUACAAGCCCUGUUUCGUCUGCCAGGACAAGUCCUCGGGCUACCACUAUGGAGUUAGCGCAUGUGAAGGGUGCAAGGGCUUUUUCCGAAGGAGCAUUCAGAAGAACAUGGUGUACACCUGUCACCGAGAGAAGAGCUGUAUCAUCAACAAGGUCACCCGAAACCGCUGCCAGUACUGCCGACUGCAGAAGUGCCUGGAAGUAGGCAUGUCUAAAGAAUCUGUUCGGAAUGACCGGAACAAGAGGAAGAAGGAAGAGAAGAAGCAGGAGUGUUCAGAGAGUUACGUGUUAAGUCCUGAUACGGAGCAGAUGAUCGAGCGGGUUAGGAAGGCCCAUCAGGAAACCUUCCCCUCCCUGUGCCAGCUGGGCAAAUACACCACAAAUAACAGUGCAGACCAAAGGGUUUCUCUGGAUGUUGACCUGUGGGACAAGUUCAGUGAACUCUCCACCAAAUGCAUUAUUAAAACGGUGGAGUUCGCCAAGCAGCUGCCGGGCUUCACCACGCUCACUAUCGCAGAUCAGAUCACGCUGUUAAAGGCCGCCUGUCUCGACAUCCUGAUUCUGCGAAUAUGUACGCGUUACACACCGGAUCAGGACACCAUGACGUUUUCAGACGGUCUGACACUGAACCGCACGCAGAUGCACAACGCCGGCUUUGGUCCACUGACAGAUCUGGUUUUCGCCUUUGCCAACCAGCUCCUUCCUCUGGAGAUGGAUGAUGCAGAGACGGGGCUCCUCAGCGCCAUCUGUUUGCUGUGUGGAGAUCGGCAGGAUCUGGAGCAGUCAGAUAAAGUGGAUGUGCUUCAGGAGCCGCUGCUGGAGGCACUAAAGAUCUACGUGAGAAAGAGGAGGCCUCAUAAACCACACAUGUUCCCCAAGAUGCUAAUGAAGAUCACAGACCUGAGGAGCAUCAGCGCUAAAGGAGCCGAGCGAGUAAUAACUCUGAAAAUGGAGAUUCCUGGCUCCAUGCCUCCACUCAUUCAGGAGAUGCUGGAGAAUUCGGAGGGUCUGGAGGGUGGCGGCGGGGCGAGAGGAGGAAAAGGAGCGCCGCCAGGAAGCUGCAGCCCCAGUUUGUCUCCCAGCUCAACACACAGCAGUCCCUCAGCUCACUCCCCCUGAGUCUCACCUCCAGACAGGGCUCCGUACAGAAUGAAAACUGGUUUGAAACCAGAAAUAAGCCACAGCCGACCAGCGCCAGAAAGCAGAAUUUGGGUAGACUUUGAUCCGGGCUGAAUGGACCCGAAUCAAACAGUAAAUCCGGCUGGCUUUCAUUAGCUGAAGACCAAUUGAGUUGCACACAGACCGAUUCUGCUCAAAACUCACACUGUCAUUAAAACCACCAGUGACUCAGUGACUGCCAGAGCCCUGCAGCUUUUAACGUGGCGGUAGUUUGUAAAGAUGGCAGAACGAAUGCCCUGUGUGUGCAGAAGUGUCUUCCCAGCUCUGCUCCCAUCACACAAACUGUGACGGCCCAGACAAGAUCUCUUCCUCAUCUGAUGGACACAUUCUCUUGGGCCUGUGAUUAUUAGUUUAUAAAUUUCAAUCCCUUAAAGCAAGCUAAAGGAUGUUAGGACGUCAGAUGUCCAGAAGUCAGGGACAUUUUGAACUUUCCAGCUGUUUUGGUUCGGUUUCUUUGUUUUCUUACAAAAAGAUAUAUGAAAUCUAUAUUGACAGAAAUAUAAGAUUUGAAUCUUGUGUCUUAGGUGGAAUGCAGAACAAUACUUAUCUUUUCUCUCAGAAGUUAAACACGAUCAAGGUUGACCCACAGUUAUGUUCACGUCAUGCACAAGGGCACGCCACGCUAGCACUGAAAACCAUGGGGUUAACAUGCAGUUUUGUCCAGUGAGGAAAUGAUUCGGAGAUGUAUUCACAAAGAUCAACUUGGCCGCUUGGGCAAAGAAAUGAAGGAUCUCAUGGAAAAAAGCAGCUUGUAAUUUAUGAUGUGAAUGAGAUCUCCGAAUUUAAGGAGCGCUAAAUGCCUUUGUGUAGCUUUUUAAUAUUGUUUCUUAAUUUACUUUUAAUUUUGUAAUUAACUUUCAAAAGACCCCCCCCCACACACACACACACAAUGAGAUUUCCAAACAUAAUGACUCACAAACAUGUAUUUUUGGCUAAAUGCCCACGAGAACUUGUCAUUUCAGAAAUAUUGAGAAUGUUGUAAUUGAGCAUUUCACACAGAACGUCAUGCCUUUUUUUUUUUUUUUUUUUUUUGCCUGCACCGGAGUGGUGAAGCUCUGUUAUUGGUAGACUUGUUUCUAAUCAUCUGUCAUGUUUUAGCUGUCGCGUGUGCUGAGAUGCUUCUCCUCUGUACCUUACAACAUCACUGCCUCUGCUCUCCUGCAACAAUCAUUGAACACAUGUCAACAACAACACUGCCUCUGUAUGACAAUCACUUUAAAGCUCACAAACAACUUUGCCUCUGUAACACACACUGAUCCAUGCCAGACAUCUGGAUUCAUGAGACCGCACGCUUUGUUUGUUUUUUUUGUAGGUCUAGAAACAUCAAACAAGUAUUGAAUUCACAAUUGUGGUUGCGUAGAAAUGCUUGAUUAAAGUAAGACCUUGUUUCGACAUUUCUAAGAAUAUAGCAUUCUUUUAGUAAUCAUUUACUCAUCCUCAUUUAAUUCCAAAUCUGUAUGAGAUUUAUUUUUGGAUGCGUGUGUGUGUUCUGCAAAAAAAAAAAAAAGUCAGUCAUGCAGGUUUGCAAUAACAGGAGGGUGAGUAAAUGACAGAUUUUCCUUUUUAAAAACAUUAGCUCAAUAAAGUAAGAAUACAAGUACAUUUGGGAGGCUCCAUACAAUUCAGCUCUGGUGGAUCAGUGUCAGCAUAUCAUUAUUGUACCAGUUUACAACAGCUCUGCUAGACCCGUCUCUAUGAACCCUGAACUGUGCAGUAGGCCGAAACCGUUUCCUCUAACACACUCUUCUGAGAGUGAUGGGUGAACCGUUUCACUGCAACUAUGCACAACAUGCACAGAGCUCACUUCUAUUUACCUGUUGUGAAAAUCACAAGCCUCUUCCAGUAGCUCAGUACUGUUUGUUUCCUCUGAUUCUGCAUUCAGUCACUGCCCGAUGGUUCAUUGCUUUGAGCCGUACUGCAUCACAGACCUCGACGGGCCUCUUCUCUCACUCAAAGGAUGACAGAGAUCUACACGACGUACAGCACAAAUCCUGUACUGCUUUAACAGUUGUUAUACAGUCAAACGCACAAAAAAUGUUUCUGUUGUGUCAGGUCCCUGAAUAAUGAGAGUAAUGUUUAAUAAAGACUUCUGUUUUGUGUUUCUGAC